UUUUUCGUCAUCCCAAUCUCUCUCUCUCUCUCUCUCUCUCUCCUCCUGAGCUCACUACUUAGUGCUGAAAUGGAAAGUGGAGUGAAGAACACAAGUACUACUAUUACUUCUUGUUCUUCUCAGCGGAAGAAAUUAGAAAAGGAUAAUAAUAAUAAUAAUAAUCUGUUUCAUGUAAUUCACAAGGUUCCUUCUGGUGAUGGCCCUUAUGUUCGUGCCAAACACGCCCAGCUAGUAGAGAAGGAUCCGGAGACAGCAAUAGUGUGGUUCUGGAAAGCUAUAAAUAGUGGAGAUAGAGUGGACAGUGCGCUCAAGGAUAUGGCAGUGGUUAUGAAGCAAUUGGAUAGAACUGAAGAGGCCAUUGAAGCUGUUAAGUCUUUCCGGGGCCUUUGCUCCAGACACGCCCAAGAAUCUCUCGAUAAUGUUCUCAUCGACUUGUAUAAGAAAUGUGGAAAAGUUGAUGAACAAAUAGUGCUGCUAAAGCACAAGCUCAAGAUGAUAUAUUUAGGGGAGGCUUUCAAUGGAAAGCCCACAAAAACUGCUCGUUCUCAUGGCAAGAAGUUUCAGGUUUCCAUCACUCAGGAAACUUCCAGAAUACUGGGCAACUUGGGCUGGGCUUAUAUGCAGAAGUCGAAUUUCAUCGCAGCCGAAGUGGUCUACCGCAAGGCUCAAAUGAUCGAUCCGGAUGCCAACAAGGCCCUCAACCUGUGCCAAUGCCUCAUCAAACAAGCCCGAUAUGAGGAGGCUAAUUUGGUUCUUCAGGAUGUGUUGCAGUAUAGGCUUCCAGGUUCCGAUGAGCUCCGGUCAAGAAACCGGGCAGAGGAGUUGUGGUUUGACUUGGAAUCCCAGCAACACACUGGCCCGUGGCUGGCAAGUCUCCCGGGCCUGAACGCUGAAGAUGAUUUUGUGGAAGCCCUCGAACGUGUGAUGAAUAAAUGGGCACCUACAAGAUCAAGAAGGCUACCGAUAUUUGAAGAAAUUUCCCAGUAUAGAGAUCAGUUGGCUUGUUGAUUUCAUUUUUACAUUGUGUUUUGUGUCAUGUUAGUGGCUAAAGUUUGUGCAGACGGAAUAGUGGAUAUACUGGUUGAAGAUGUAAAAUUCUUACAAAGGGAGAUGCUGAAUAAUGAUCCGGUAUCAAGAUAGCAGCUAUGCUGUGUUUGUACUGAUGUAUAGUUGAGUCCGGAUCUUCAGUUUGUAUAAUGGAAAACCAUCUUUGUGACUUCAAAUCUGAAAUUGUAGGUUGUUCGAUUUUA